AUGAUCAUCUCCGGCGGCCCCGGCAGCGGCAAGGGCACGCAGUGCGACCUGCUCGUGACCAAGUACGGCGUCAAGCACAUCUCGACGGGCGACGCGCUGCGGCACCACGUGAAGACGGGCACGGACCUCGGCAAGGAGGCCAAGGCCUACAUGGAGCGCGGCGACCUCGUGCCGGACAGCCUCGUCAUCGGCAUCUGCAAGGCGGAGAUGGAGACGAGCGAGGCCAAGACCAACGGCUGGCUCCUCGACGGCAUGCCGCGCACCAAGGCCCAGUGCGACGCCCUCGAGACCAUGGGCCUCGUGCCCAACCUCUUCCUCCGCCUCGACGUGCCCGACGAGGUCAUGAUGGAGCGCGCGUGCGGCCGACGACAGGACCCCGUCACGCGCCAGAUCUACCACAUCAAGUACAAGAAGGCCCCGACGGAGGAGAUCGAGAAGCGCCUCAUCAUCCGCUCCGACGACACCGUCGAGAAGAUGACGAACCGCAUCGCGCAGUACCACAAGAACAUGUCCGCCGUCUCCGGCUCCUACACGGAGAAGCUCGUCGUCGUCGACGGCAACAGGAAGCCCACGGACGUCUUCCCGGUGGUCUGCGACGCCAUCGACAAGGCGCUGGCCAAGUAG